AUGACCGAUCAUCUGCAACCUGGAGAUCUUCCCAGAGACGACGAGCCGGCCACCAGCAAACCCUUAGCGGCUGCGACACCUAUAGCUGAGUCCAAUGAACAGCUGAAACCAACUCACCUGCUGCAAGAUGACGAUGCAUCCCUACCUCCAGAGGCAAAACGCCGGCGGACGGAUACGUCUGGAGAUGGAGAUGUCGCCUACGAGGUUGUGGGAGCGACCCCGGUGACGUACGAGAGCCACCAUCAUACCCCGAAUGCAGCUUUCUUCCACGUGAGGAGUAAUACGGCGAGUGUGGCAGGGUUAGAUGUUGAGCGUGACCUGGUCAAGGAAGAACUUGCAGAUAUACAUCCACCAACUACCCAGGCAUCUUCGGCGGAAAACGUAGCUGAGGCCAUAUCCAGUCUCCUAGACCAGACUCGAAGAAUGGAAGACGUUACCAAGCAAGUUAGCUCUGCUGAGUCCUCCAAUGCGGCCUUCCUAAAGGCAAACUCGAAUCUAAAGUCACAGAGUCUCCCAAUUCUUGAUAACCUAUCCACUCAGAUUCUUUGCUUCGUUGCCCGCACAAGCUUCCAAGAUCUUACUACACUUGUUUCGGACCCGCAAUCAGAGAAUGCACAGUCCUAUUCAACUCUACGCUCUCUAUUCGACCACACCAAGAAAGUUUAUACCACAACUCAACCCUUCCUAUCCGCAUCUAAUCUAGGGUUUACAGACCCCAGCCAGGUAGAAAUAAUUCGGAAAGCAAACCUGGCAUCGUUUGUGUUCAGCCUAUUUGGAACUCAAGAGAUUGGGUUCUCCGAGCUUCAUGACAAUUUUUUGGAUAUAUUUGUUCCAGAGGGAGGACGGCUACUCAAAAGCCAAGCUGCCCUAUUUCUAGAACUGAAAACACAAACAUUUAUUGCGUCGAUGAACAACCCAGCUCGGCCAAAAGCUGAUAUUUUAUAUGAGUUGUUUCCCGACAACCUUGGCCUUAAGCUACUGGCACGAAGACCAGGCACUCGGCACCCAGCUCCAAGCGAAACUGAUUUUGUGAAACGAGCGUGGUCGCGCCGGGAUAUACUCUUAGGGGAAAUAAAAAAUCCUGACUCAGUCAAUACUCUGCCAGAAAAAUAUCUUUGGCAAGAUUUCUUGAGAGAUAUUAGCCUUUAUGUCAGCAAGAAUAUUGAUUCUCUCACCACCCAACAGUCCAAACGACCGAAUAAGACACGAUCUCCAACUUCGCCACAGGAAGAGGAGACAGAGUCUCCGGGUACGGUUCUGGAAACACAAUUUCCCGUAGCUCCCCCAAAUCCACCAGAACCAGCACCCAUAGAACGGAGAAUUGGCAAGGUUGACCUCGUUGCGAGAGCUGCUCGUGCUGCACAAAUCGCACUUCAAGGUCAGGGCGUAAGGAGAGCCAGCGCCGUUUCCGCUCCUCCACUACAACAACCUCUACAGCAGUCACCGCAGCAGCAAAUCCAUCCGCCUGCGCAACCACAAGCUCAACCACCCGUGUCUCAGGCAUCACCACCACCUUUUACUCAGCAGCAGGUUCCCCAAGCAACUUCCCCGCCGCCACCACCACCACCACAGAGUCAACCCACCACCCAAACCUCCUUUUCAAACUAUGCCGCUGCACCUACCACUUCCGCACCGCAAUCAACGCAUCUUCCGUUCCUUCAAAGUCAAUUUCAGUUCCAACAAUAUAGCCCCCAAGCACCAGCCGAGCCUUCCGCAGUGAGAACGAAUACUGCAAACGCGAGUUAUGGGUACAUGCCAGGCGUUCCCCAUUACUCGCAAUCCGAGCCCACCCAAAUACUUUAUGAACGUGCCAGGCUAGCAACCACGACACGAUCAUCCCCUAGUAGCCGUCGUGCGGGACUCCCUAGUCAACGGCGACCCUGGACCACAGAAGAGGAGAAUGCACUAAUGGCUGGGCUAGAUCGUGUCAAGGGUCCUCACUGGAGUCAGAUACUCUCAAUGUUUGGGCCGGGGGGUACCAUUAGUGAAGCCCUCAAGGACCGCAACCAGGUACAACUCAAGGAUAAGGCACGCAACCUCAAGCUCUUCUUCUUAAAGAGUGGAAUCGAGGUGCCUUAUUAUCUCAAGUUCGUUACCGGAGAACUCAAGACACGGGCACCAGCACAGGCCGCAAAGCAAGAAGCCAGAGAACGAGAACGUAAACAGGGCGAAGAAGACAAGGCACAUGUGGAAGGGAUAGAAGGCAUGAUGGCGCUUGCUGGCGCUCAUGCGUCAGCCUCUGUUGAGCCCUCCAUUGGCAGUAUAGAGUCUCAUGCCAACACGCAACCAAGCACGCCGGUUGUCCUUCCGCAGCAACAAGAAAUGCAUCACCAUCAUCCCCAUCACCAUGAUCAAGACCAGCAUUCGUUAGCCGAACGGUCGGCCGAACAGGUUCUAUAUCAAAGCCUAACACAGGAGAAGUCGGAAGGAAUGCAGAUGGACUCUCAACGAAAUUACGUGGAUCCUUCUUUAUAA